AUGGCAACUUCUUACAAUACAAUACGAGUACUCGAAACCUUUAUAUUGUUCUGCUGUUUUUGUAGUCUUGUAAGCAGCGACAGCAGAGAUUCAUUCAUUGCUAGACAAAUCAGCAACAGUGUGGGUUGUUCGAGUACUGGAAAUGCUAGCGAUGCCUUCAGAAACAAUGUAAAUCUUCUUCUAUCUGAUUUCAUCGAACAUUCCUCUGCUAACAACUACUACAACACUAGCAUCGGCGACAGCUCUGAUCGAGUUUAUGGCUACUACAUGUGUCGAGCUGAUGUUGACCUCAAAACUUGUAGCAGUUGCAUACUUAACGGUACACAAUCUGUUAUGGAAUCAACCUGUAUAGAGCAUGAAGACGUGAUUCUCUUCUCGCAGUUGUGCAUCUUUCGAUACACAAACUACAGUACAUAUGGCAUGUUCGAGGGUGCACUAUCAGGGUCCGAUCAUAUUGACGCAAAUGUAUCGAACUACCAGCAGUUUAAUCGAACAUUGUCAUCGACGUUGAAAAAUCUUAUCAACGAGACUGCUUUUGGAAGCGAAAACAAUGGAUCUAGAUUGCGUUUCGCUACCAUAGAAGCCCGUGUAACAGAAGAUGAGACAAUCUAUAGCUUGGCUCAAUGCACACCUGAUAUAGCCGGCGUAAAUUGUAGUCGAUGUUUACAAAUUGGAGUCUCUGACUUCAGCCGCUCUGCUAAUCUAUCUCCAGCUGCUUAUACUUUAAAGAACAAAUGUUACAUCAGAUAUGAUAAUGUCUCUUUCUAUGAUUUCGGAGACUCGAAUGUCAAUGCAGGUGUUGUUUUAAGACCAUCAAAUUCUCUAUUCGUCUACUCUGCUGUAUUCCUUGCAUCCAUGGGAUAUACAAUAACACUCUUUUGCAUCACAAUUUUAUGCUUAGUUGACAAAUUGGCACUGUGUUUCGAUGAUGAAUUGACUAAGUCCUCCUUGUCGCACCCACCCGAGAGUUUCUUCAAGACCAAUGUAGGUGAAGUUUCCGAAAGGGCUUAUGGUUCGUAUCUUUGUCGAGGUGAUCUUAGUGCUAAAACAUGUAGCAAUUGCUUAGAGAAGGUAAGACAAGCUGUCUCGGAUUAUCGCAUUGAUUAUGUCGCUUAUGAACAUUAUUACUACCCAUAG